UGGCUGCCGCAGCAGCAGUGGCAGCGGCGUAGUGGCGACGAGACGGGGCGAGCGCGUGCAAAGUACAGUGCCGCGAGGGUAACAGGUGGUCUGCACCGUGGGUGUCGUCGCUCUACAACCAGUGUAGAUCCAUGCGACGUUGCGUCGUUGUCAACUUUUGUAAUAGACACGUCAACUGGCAUUCUAAAUGAAAUAAGUGUUAAGGUGAUAUUAACGUGAUUUCCUAUCGAUCGGUGUCACAAAAGUCUUAAUAAUAGCCAGUAAUUUUAAAACUACCCAGUUUUCAGGUACGGUCGCAACGAGUGACAAGGUGACACCUAAUAUUUGGGUCCAAAUGUAUGUGUUAAGAGUCAAAAAAUAAAAAGUUGCUGCAUCCGAUCACGCUGAAAUAAAGGAGUGAAUAUUGCAGGAGGGUGGAUUAUUCGAAAUGAACUAAACAAAGACCAGUGUCGCAAGAUAUGAACUGCGCACUCUGUGUCUUACGUGUGGUGAUAGCUGCACCACUCUCGUCAACAAGUUACCCUCUAGUACCAAGUGGUGUGCCUUAAAUAGUGGAAUAGUGAGCAGUAAAAGUUAUACUUUACUGUCCUUCGUGUGCGAAAGACGAUGUCUGACAGGCUCGUAAGUGUAAAAUGUUCUCCACUCCACUGAAAGGUAGAGGACCGAGUAGGGACGCAAAAUCUAUGCUGACAGGGCAGAGGAGUGUAUUAGUGUGAAAACAGGUCACUCUGAGGUUGGCGAUGGGUGAAUCGUUUAGCAUAGAGGGCGUUGCUGCGACGGCAGCGACCGAGGGCAUAAUGCAGUUUUUGGCGGAUCAGGACACGGUACGGCCGGCGGUGGGGGCGGCAGAGGACGCGAUCGACGCGGCUGAAAUUCUGUCGUUGGCGACGGCGCUGCCGGUGAACGCGUCGGAUGACGGCGCCCAUGGAAAGGCGGCGGCGUCCAACUCUACGGCUGCGUCGGCGGCCGCGGCGGCGCUGGAGGUGGUGGCGGUGCGGCACCCGCUGUACGUGGUGGUGCCCAUGACGGUCCUCUAUGCCAUCAUCUUCUUCACCGGCGUGCUGGGCAACAUGACGACGUGCAUCGUCAUCUACCGCAACAAGCACAUGCACACCACCACCAACUACUACUUGUUCAGCCUGGCCGUGUCCGACCUGCUGCUGCUGGUGUCCGGGCUGCCGCCCGAGGUGUACCAGGUGUGGAAGCACUACCCCUACAUCUUCGGGCUGACCUUCUGCCGGCUGCGCGGCCUCGCCGCCGAGACGUCGUCGAACGCGACGGUGCUGACCAUCACAGCGUUCACGGUGGAGCGGUACGUGGCCAUCUGCCACCCGUUCCUGUCGCACACCAUGUCGAAGCUGUCGCGCGCCGUCAAGCUGAUCGUGGCCGUGUGGCUGCUGUCGGUGGCGUGCGCCGUGCCGCAGGCGCUGCACCUGCAGAUCGUCGGGCCGCCCGACAUGACGCGCUGCAUGUUCCGCGAGGAGACGGUGCACCACCUUUUCGAGAUCUCGACGUUCAUCUUCUUCGUGGCGCCCAUGACGCUCAUCACCAUACUGUACGCGCUCAUCGGGCUGCGGCUGCGGCGCUCGAGCGCCAUGAAGCGCGACGCCGGGCCCUAUGGCCAUCGCAACGGCGCCGGCACCGGCCACCAGCACUACGGCUGCGUCGCGACAGCGGCCGACAAGGACGGCGCCCACUCGGCGUCGGCGUCGCUGACGCCGCGCCACCACCACGCCGCCGGCAGGGCCAGCCAUUCUUCGCAGUCGCGGCGCGUCCUCAAGAUGCUCGUGGCGGUGGUGGUGGCGUUCUUCAUCUGCUGGGCGCCGUUCCACGCGCAGCGGCUGGUCGCCAUGUACGUGACGGCGGACGCGCAGCGCGAGCGCGGACCGUCUGAGCUCAUCUACGCCAUCGUCACCUACACGUCGGGCAUCCUCUACUACGUCUCCACCACCAUCAACCCCAUACUCUACCAGAUCAUGUCGCACAAGUUCCGCGAAGCCUUCAAGGACACACUGGGCAGGUGUUGCGGGCUGCGCGGACAGCGAGCACGGAGAGCGUACUCCAUCCUGUCGCGGUCGGCGCCCCGACACGCGUCGGCAGCGCACGCUGCGGCGGCAGCCGGAGGGCGCGGGGGCGGCGCCGGGGGCGGCCUCGGAGGCGGCGGCGGCGCCGCCGGAGGCGUCGCGCGGUGCGGCGAGUCCGCGACGGCCACCGACUGCUCGGGCAACAGCGAGCAGCUGCGCAGCGACGCCGCCUCCGGCUCGGCCUCGGCGUCCGGCUCGGGCAGCUGCGGCGGCUACUCGGUGGUGGUGAGCGCGAGCGCGCGACACCACGGCGGCUACGAGGCGGUGGUGGUGCCCGCGCUCAGCCGGCAGUCGACGCGCGCCAGCAGCCGGCCCUUCCUCUCCAGCGGCUCCUCCGCCGCGCUGCCCACCUCCCCGCCGCCGAUGCCCGUCGCCAGCGGCCGCCGCAGGAGUCACCGGAACGGAAAGCGGUCCCGGGACCCCUGGCGGCUGCUGCGUUGCCUGUCCACUUCCUCAGAGCAGUCCCUGGAGCAGCUGCCGACUUGCUACCUGCCGGAACCCAUCACCGCAGAGUCGUCCAAGGAGCAGGUCUGCCCACGCCGCCCAAAUGGAGAGGCCAUCACCAUGCUGCCGGUGAGCCUGAGCAACAACAGCAACAAUGUGAGCAACAGUAGCCUGCGUGACGUGGAGCACGGCGCUCUGGAGGACGAGCUGUCGGCCUAUAUGGAGGAGCUGAACCGGCGAGAGCGCUGCUGAGAGUUGGAGUACGCGGCGGCGGCCGCCGCACGGCAGCACCGUCGCCGGCGCCACCGCCACCAUCACCACCACCUCCAGCAGCAACACAGCCACCACAGCCCAGACAGCCAGGGUCCGGCCCAAGUAGGCGCGCAGGAGGAAAUCUCCCCACCCCCAGACGACAGCACUAGUCGGCAUUCAACUGAGAAUUGCGCCAUGGCUACUGAGUGCUUUGGAAAUUCCGUGGGCUUCAAUGGAGAGGAGUCAAACUUGGGAGUCAUUCCAACUGCUGUCGACAGUGUCCAUAGAGAUCCUCCAGGUGUCAGAGGAGAGGCAUCGAAUUCUGGAGAUAUCCCAGUUCCAUCAGAAUUCCCCAGUAAAGGUACUUCAGAUGUCAUUGGUUUCGUGGCUUGUACCAUGGAACGAUCAUUACAAGUGGACACUACAUUUGGUGAAACUGUAACUGUCAUUGGAGAACUAUCCACUACUACUGAGCUUCCAGUAGUAGCGGAUGUUGCUAUUGGAGAAGCUGCUGUUGUCAAUGGAUAGAUGCUGAAUGUGACACACUACCCUUCUGUGAGGGCUGUUGUCUUUUGAAUGACUGCUAGCGUGUGCAACGAGACGUGUAGUGAAAGAGACUCGACUCCUGUUACUGUACAGCCCCUAUUAUUGACCACGUUCGACGAAAUCAUGAGCUUAAUGUAGGUUAAUAGCACAUUUCCUGCUAUUCCCGACCAUUUCUCUGAAAAAACUGUGGGACAAAAAUGAAAGCUAUGGUAAAUUUGUUAUUGAUGAACAUCACUAUAAUUAAUGCUAAGGGUCUCAUAACCUACAGAGUGGAUCCUAAAAUGACAUUACGAAAGACGGAAAUGGUUUACUUCGGCUCGAGGGUACAAAAUGUUUGCCUAGGCAACUGGUUGUUACAAACUGACAAGGGAAAGUCUUGGAUAUCCUAACGUACAGAUUCACCUUUGACGUGUGUCACUACCUCAUAGGUGUUUUGUUCUAAAGAAAAAGACUGGUUUAGAUAAGUUCAUUUACUGGAAACUGUAAAUAACGAUUCUGCAGUCAGUCAGAGGAAUACCUUGAUACUUACAAGACGAUGUACAGAAGCAAUAUCUACUCUAACCCACUCCCAAAGACGUCAUCAUUAGCCUGAGUGUGGCAUGCAGUGGAAAUGUUCUUUAAUUUAAUUUUAUUCAAAUAUCAUGUUCCUCCUCGUUUUAAAUGAUAGGCGUAUCGAUGUGUCUCUCUUCUUAACGAUGUAUCAUCAAGAAAGAAAGAAGAAGUUGUAUGUUUCGUAAUGCUCUAGCUUAUUGGCUAAAUAGAUUCACAUAACAGUUAUUCUAAUGGUAAAUGAAACUAUUGUGGACAGAAAAACCUACCACAGACUGGGAUCAUUGUAGGUACUACCUCAAGUAUUCUUAUGUGUAUAGUUGAACAUAUGUUGUCAUAUUCAUAGAGCUGUGUUUGAGAUGUACCUGACGUGUUGUGUGCUGAUUAUAAUUAUGUGUACAUAGCUGUAAUUUCUCUGCUGACACUUAAAGAUAAGAAUUAAUCACGUAGUAAGCUGUUCAACAGCUGUGAGAAUCUGUGUUAUUGUUGGGUGUUUAGUAAACAUAUGAAAGGCAUAUUUAUCUCUCCAGAACGAUCAUAGAGUUUAUCGUGUGGUAUUUUGAUUUGCAUCUUUCGCAGUUUCUUAAGGCCUGCAGUUCAUUUCUCACUUUGAAGUCACACUGCAGCAAUGAAUGUGUCAAGACUAGCAUUUAUAUAUGUUGGUGUUGAUGUUUACUGCAGGAAAUUCAAUAAUGUCGGUUAUUCGCAUCCCCCUUUUAGUCAUUCUGCAAUGUCAUGGUACUGGUAUGCAUAACAUAUUUUCUGAGUGAUUAAACGGUUCUUACGGUCUACACAAGCAUCUCCAUCUUCACAUACUACUGACUGUAAGGCGACAGACAGUUUCUAAUAACGAUAAUAUAUAUUUUCUUUAAAACUGUGACUUAAGUAUUUUAUAUAAUUCCUGAAGCCUUUUUCAAACAUCAGAAAUAUUCAUAUGGAGUAAUAGCCUACUUGUAUAGAAACUACAGCUCUAAUUACAAAGAACACAAGCCCUUCAACAUGUUAACAAAACUUCCUGCAAUUUCAGAAAGAUCAUGAUUAUGGCUGGUUCACUGAUUUACUCAUUUGAUAUUAAAAUAAAAAAAAUUAAGCAUGACAUAUAUUAAACAAAAGGUAGCAGCAAUUUUUUUACCAACUGUUUCAUUUUUUAUUAUUUUCUGUAGCUGUGUGAUAAUUCUACAAUCACAAGACACGUUGGGCAAGUGUUUUCCUCAUUGCAAGAUGGUGAGGCGCUUUUUAAUUCAAUGUCAUAUUUAUUUUCGUUAACAGGUUCAUAUUCUUACGUUUUCUCAGACGUGUAUAGCAACAGGUGAAUUAAUACGACGCUGCUUCAUUAUUCUUUGGAACUCUUUAUAUUUACAAUCGUGAUGUAUAAUUUUGUUCAUAAUACAUUCACAGAAACUGUAGAACAUAUCAGAAGUCACAUUUUCCGUUGGCCCAAACCUAAACAGUGUUGCUAAUUCACACUAAAUAUGUUUCUUAUCAAAUAUCUGCAUGACAGUUUUCCUAAUUCUAGCACAACAGAUUUCUUUCAGAGACUAUUACGCUCAAUGGCGUUUACAGUAGUUUUAUAUUAUGUAUUCUCUCUUUAUUUCGAAAAGAAAUAUAUAUGUGGUUUAGACAGUAUAAUAUACUUUCACUUCUUGUACAUUGCCCUUAGAUGAGAUAUUGAAUACUUCAGAAAGAAAAUUUGUGGUUUCAUUACUGUCUGUAACUGUUCUUAUGCCAUUUCUUCAACUUUAGUAGGUUCUCACAAAACCGUCCAAACGUUUGAUAAUUGUUUGGUAUCUUAAGAGAAAAUAAUCAGUUGAUUAAUACAUCAGUCAUGUUAUACACUUGACACCAAAUUCAUAGUUCUGUCAUCUCAGUGUCUCUUCUUGCAAACAUCUACCAAAUUUCAGUGAGAUCAUUUUGAGUUCCUCUUCAAAAAAAGGCAUCUGUAUGUGUAAUUAAUUAAUG